CUGCACACAAAAUGAGCAGCCUCAUAUACAAAUACCACUUAAUCCAGACAAACAUUUUAACUCAGACAAGACUUAAUAGGAAAAAAAGUAAACCCCUUAUUGUCUUAGUGCUAAGACAUGUGGUUCAUUUUCUGCUAUCAUUAACCAGCAACCUUUGUUUGUUUUGUACUAGAUUCUUUCCUAAUCACGUUAGGGAAGGGCUAUAAUAAUUUACUCUUCUUACACUUUAAAUGAUUCCGUUGCAGGAGGCUGGAUUAUUGCUAUGGAGUUGCAUCCUGGAUUCUCACUUUAUCGUGGAUUAUAUGAGUUUUCACAAUAUUCUUUCACUGGUAGUUAUAUGGGGACCACCGUAAUGAAAUGGAAGAAUUAGAAUGAUGGCAAAAACGGGAUGAGAGAGGUCAUAAUUGUCAUGUUUGUGGAAUGGUUAUUGGUUCUCCUCUUUGCAUAUUACACAGAUCAAAUAACAUCAUCAGGGAAAACUCCCCCCCUUUUUCUUCAAUCUUUCCAAAAGAAGCACUCGCCAUUGUACCAAAGAUCAAACUUACAGAGACAGGGGUCUAAUGAUUCCAUUGAAGUGGAGAAACAUGAUGUCGUCCCGGAGAUAGUAAACAAAUUUGGAAACAUCCUUGAUAAUCUCAAGAUGGCUGUAGAUAGGGUAAGGAGUUGGUGCAUGUUCAAAAUAAACUGCUGAGGAAAUAUAAACACACUUCUGUCCAUGGCUUAGCAAGCAAAAGUCCAAAAUUUGAUGGUGUCACUGAUGAGCCAGGAGAAUCUUAUUCUGAUCCUGAUUAUAUUUCUGAUUCUGCAAUUAGAUAUCUCUAUUCACGAAAGUUAGUGAAGUGUGUGCAACCAGGCUCAUGGAGGGCAUACCUUUUGAAGGAGAUCAGAAUUUGGAAUUAUCUCUCUUGUGUAUUAUGAUGAAUUUGGGUAUAUUUAUACACAAGGAUCCCUUUGAACUGAUCCUGAUUUCUAGGAACUACUCCUACUAUUAA